AAACACACAAAUCGUUGCAACAUGUUGGUCGGGCUCACAGACGGGCGACUUAAGAAGUGUUACAAACUGUCUCCGAGCCACAGAAGAAAGAAAGUUUUCGGCUGAGCUGGCUGUGCCUUACACGCUGCGCUACGGCUUUAUUUUAUAUCCCACUCUGUUAAAAGAACAGCAGCGCAUUUUGCCGCUUUGCCUUGCAAUUUUCAAGCGGUUUUUAUUUUGCGCAGUGAAGCGUCGUUCGCGUUACUUUUGUUGUUACUUCUGUUGUUGUUGUUGUCGCUGUCGUCGUCAUCGUAUCCGUUUUCGUCGCUGCGUUGCUUAAUUGGCCCAGCAAAAAAGGCAAUAAUAGCAAAGCAAGCAAGCUAAAAACAAAAUAUAAGAAAAAAAAAGUAUCUCAAGUGUGUGAUUGUGAAAGUUCCUGCCCAAAAAUGUACAUGAAACGAGCGGUGUUUCUGCUGGCGCUGCUCUGCGUCCAGCCCUAUGGCCAUUUGGCCAGCGAGGAUGAGUCCAAUCCGCUGCUGGACAUGGCCUCCAUGUUCAUACAGGAGGCUUUGUCCAAUCAGAAUGGCGGUGGCGGUGGUGCUGCUGCUGCUGGCGGCGGCGGUGGCGGUGGUGCUGCUGGACUGGCAGGUGUCGCCUCCCUCAUUGGCAGCUUUAUGCAGGCGAAUGGAAAAGGCGCUGCUGGCGGCGGCGCCGGCGGCGGUGGUGCCAUGCAAAUCCUUGCCAGCCUGGGCAGUCUGUUGGCCAACAAUGCACGCGGCGGCAAUGGUGGUGGCGGUGGCUUCGAUCCAUCCAUCAUUAGCAAUGUCCUGGAAAUGUUCACACAAGGCGAUGACGAGGAUUCAGGCACUGCACAGAAACGUAGCAACGGCAACGGCGGCGGCGCCGAAUCUGGCAUUGGCCUAGACACAAUUCUACAAGUAGCAUCCGCCUUCAUGAACACCCAAGGCGGUGGCGAAGCCCCGGCCACACAGAGCCAUCAUCAUCAUCAACAGAAGAGAUCCUCGCCCGAGGAGCCGGAGGCGGAAAAUGGUUUCAUGAACCUGUUACCGCUGAUAAUGCAGGCAGUCAGCUCAUUUGCCGGUCCCGAGGGUCAGAUUACUCAGGAGAAACACAAGAAUCAUGCCUGGGUGUUGCCACCCUUCCUGGAGCAUAUUCAUGUGAUGUGGGAUCACUUCUCCAACUCGGAACUAGCCGAUGCACUGUAUGAAAAGUCAGGCGUUAAUAAAAUAAUGAAGGGCUUCAAGGGUCGCGAUGGUAAAGUGGAUUAUGACAAGCUAUUCGAGUCUCUGAACAAUCAAUCCUUCCGUCGUCGCUGGAUCAAGUCGGCCACAUUAUAUUUGGCUGAUUGGACCAGCUAUUUAGCCAAUCCCGAAAAUUAUCUAAGAUAUUUCCAGACGGCGCAAAUCAUGUUUAAUGGCCUAUUAAAGUCUCAAGGUUAUCCCAAGCAAACCUAUUUCGAUCCGGCACGCCCCAGCGAAACAAUAUCCAACCUAUUGAACCAUGUGGCCAAGCAUCAUUUGAAUGUGAAAAUCGACUCGCGACAAUAUGUGAAGCCAGCCGUCGGCUAUGCCAAGGAGCUGCUGAAACUGGGCCAAGCACGUGGUCUGCUGCAGUUCAAUGCCACCGAGAUCAGUGAUAGAUUAACGGACACGCUCAACCUGGAGGUUAUCGAACCGGUGCUAAAAGUCCAUCGCGCCUACAGAUACAUCUCGAAGUCGCCGCAAUGUGAUCGCUAUGUGCUCUGCCAGCUAAAUGCAGCUGCAUUGGAGCAGCAAAAGCAACAACAAGAGCAGCAACAGUCCAAGAAAAUAUCAACUAACUCUUCGGCUGCCGGUCUCAUUGCCGGUGUUAGUCCGAAAAUUGUUAAGAUCGGCAGCAUGGGUGCAGCGAUCUUCAUUAGCACAGAAACCGGUACACCAUUCUGGACGCUAUUCGGUGUAAUCAAUGCGCCAUAUAAUUGCGAGGAGAAAUAUCCAGUGGACUGCAUUGGGUUCCAUGAGGGCGAGGCCAAGGUGACCACGGAAUACGUACACAACGAAUUGUAGUUAAACUGAUACUGCCAACAGGACUGUUAAGAGUGCUUCUUAGGACGAAUUAGUUGUAAUUGACUUAAUGAUUUCAUGUGUACAUAGUAUUACGGAUCGCAAUAAAUUUUAAUUUAAUUGAUAA